UUACAACAUAUGACUCUAUUGUUUAGGUGACAUUAUAAAUUUUGCCAUAAUACAUCUCCAACAUCAAACACUAAAAAUCUUGAAUUGGAGUCAAUUUCAAACCAGCAGGCUUGGACAUCCCUAUAGACUAAGAUAAUCGGAUAUGAAAAGAGUGUACUUGGUUGUUGUAUUGUUACUUGUAGUUAAUAUUGGAACGAGAGGCAUUGUAGAAGAAGAAAAUGAUCUCCAAAAACAAUAUCAACCCCUGGAGCAGUCUAGCAUUAAAACAAUCAAGACAGCAAAUGGAGUGAUAUAUGAUUGUGUCGACUUUUACAAACAACCUGCUUUUAAGCAUCCAAUGUUGAAAAAUCAUACUCUUUAUCCUCAGAUGAGAACUAAAUAUACUCAUAGAACCAUAAAAGCUAUGUCUUCCAACGAUGAGGCUAUCCAGUGUCAGGUCCUUAUGCUAGAGAAUGGGGGUUGUCCGACAGGAACAGUGCCUAUUAGAAGAGUGAGCAUGGAUGAUCUUGUUCAAAUUAAAACCGCCACAAAAAAUUAUGACAUGAGAACAACAUCAAACUCUCUACUAACUCAACCUGGACAACAAUUUGCAAUCGUUCAAACCAAUUCCGACUCAAGAACAACAAAAUAUUACGGGGUAAGAGGUAUAUUCAAUUAUUAUCAGUUACCACGGGUUAGAGCACCUCAAUACUCUUCCGGGGAAAUUAUUAUUCGUAAUGGAGAUGACAUGAUAAAAGUGGGAUGGACGGUUAAUCCAGCAUUAAACAAGGAUAACAUCGCGCACAUGUUUCAAUAUUUAAGUGCUGGCCAAUCACAUUGUUUUAAUACAUUGUGUCCUGGAUUUGUGAGUACUAAUAAAGAUGUAUCAAUUGAUGCUGGACUUGUUGGCAGCUCAAAAAGAGGGGGGCUACAAAGAGUAAUUAGUUUAUUUAUUUAUCAGGAUGCAAAAACAAAAAAUUGGUGGCUUGAGAUAUGUGGCAUAGUCCUUGGAUAUUGGCCGCAACAAAUAUUCACUAAAAUGGCAGAUGGAGCUACUUACGUUGCAGUGGGAGGGGAAGCAUUCAAUUUGCCGAGUCAACCUCUUCCGCCUAUGGGAAAUGGGUAUUACCCGUCUGAAGAGUUGGGCAUAACUGCAUUUUGGCAUAACUUUACAGUUUUGGAUUCAAAUCAUCAACAUAUUAUUCCUCAACAAACAGAAAAGUACACAACUGAUUGGCAUUAUGGCGUCUAUGAUAUGAUGCAUGGCAAAGAAGGAAGAACUAUAUGUUAUGGUGGAACUACUAUGUAAUUAAACAUCAUUAAAUAAUACAUUGUGUAGACACCUACUUUUGUCCCCAUUCCCACAAGGGAAAGGUUCGAUGAUGAAAGCAUAAAUCUC